AUUACAAACUCGUUAUCAGUGUGGAACUUGGGGGGGGGGGAGGUAACGCCGCAAAACUGUCUUCGGUAAACAUAAAAUUAUAUUUACCUAUUUACAAAUUACGAAACAAACGUUCCACUAGAUCAAAGCUAAAGUGAACUUUUCAUUAUUCCAAGUCACAAUCACGAAAACAAUUUAAAAAGAUGUCUCUGCUCAGCAUUUUCAAUAUGAUCGAUCCUGUAAUACUUCUGGUUAAUUUGAUGAUAACAUUAGCUAUGUAUGUGUUUAAAUAUAUCAAAUCUAAAUGUCGAAGAGAUCCUCGAAUGGUGGAAUUCGCCAAAACAUUACCAGGCCCACGAGGGUUUCCGCUUAUUGGAAGUAGCAUGGAUUUUUAUCAGAAAGGAGACACUUUAAAACUGAUGUUGGAAUACCGUGAAAAAUACGGAGACAUGUACCGAUUAUGGAUAGGCAAAUACUUAGCAGUAGGACUAUCAAAUAUUGACGAUUUAGAGAAUGUUUUCAUGAAUUCAAAAAUGUUGGGAAAACCAAAAAUUUUCAAACCUUUUGAAGAUUUUUUCGGCGAUGGAUUAUUCACAACUUACUCAAUACCACAAUGGAGGAAAAACAGAAAAUUAUUCCAACCAUUAUUCAAUCACAGUGCUUUACAUAAUUAUACAUCAGCGAUGAAUGAUAAGAUUAAUAACGUGGUCAAUAAGAUGAAACAUUUGGUAGAUGGCCCGGAGUUCGAUGCUUGGGAUUAUUUACCUUAUCUAUCGUUUGACAUUAUUCUCAAAACAGCAAUGAACGUAGAUCUGAAUUGGGACGAUAAAUUAGCUUUACAAUAUCACGUUGCUAUAACAAAAGCAACGCUAAUUUGUUUUAGAAAAAUUUGUCUACCUUGGUUACAGUAUAAAUUAAUAGAUAAUCUAUUCUACAAAAAACAAUCUCAAGCAUUUCGAAGAGAAGUAGUAGAGUUUUUACAAAAGUUAAUAAGGGACAAAAAGGAAGAAAUUAAACAUCAAAUAGAAGCUCACAAAAAUAAAACUGACAACGUAGAAGAUAUUCCACCAAAGACAUUCCUGACGCUAUCUUACGAAUUAGCAGAAUCAGAAAAAAACGAAAAAAUAAUGAUCGACGAACUCCUAGAUAUACUAACAGGCGGAACAGAUACCGCGUCAAUUAUGAAUUCUUUUUUCCUACUCGCAGUCGCUAUUCAUCAAGAUAUACAGGAUAGAUUAUACGAUGAACUGUACGAGGUUUUUGGCGACAGUGACAGAUUGGCGGAUGAGAAUGACAUGUCUCGAUUACCAUAUCUCGAUCAAGUAUUAAAGGAAACCCUUCGAAGAUUCCCUAUAGUUCCAUUAAUGUUCCGGGAAGCAGAAGAAGAUACAAAAUUAAGAGAUCGAGUGAUCCCAACCGGCACUAUUAUAAUUAUAUCAGUCGCCGCAGUACACUUCAAUCCAAAUUACUAUCCAGAACCUUGGAAAUUUAAUCCGGAAAAUUUCAGUCCUGAAGCUGUAGAAAAACGUCAUAAAUUGGCAUUUUUGGCAUUCAGCGCUGGUCUCCGAAAUUGCGUAGGAACCCAUUUCGCGAUGCUCGAAAUGAAAUUAACACUGAGCACAUUACUGAGAAACUUCAGAUUCAGCACGAAAAUGAAAAUGGAAGAUAUUCAUAUGGAUAACGGCUUCGCAAUGACUUCAGUCAAUGGAUAUAAAUUGAAUAUUGAAUCGCGAAUCAGAAAGCCAACUUAUUUGUAAAUAAACCGAAUUCACUAUAUUGUAUGUAUCUAUGUACCUAGACCUAUGUACAUACCAUGUAGGUAAUAAUACGAGUAAAUACCUAUCUAUCAUC